AUAUCCAUAUACUCGCUGCUGACCGAUGGAACAAGCUAUAGCUAUAGCUAUAGCUAUGGCGACAAGGCCACCCCGCCGGCCGCCGCUGUCGUCCUCCCUGCUGCUCGUCUUCCCCCUCCUGAUCGCCCAUCCUUUCCUCUCCGCCGCGACGCCGUUCAUCACCACCAAAGCCGUGCCGCGGCUGCCCGGCUUCACCGGACCCCUGCCCUUCUCCCUCGAAACAGGGUACGUGGAGCUGGACGACGGCGUCCGCCUCUUCUACUACUUCAUCCAGUCGGAGCGCGACCCGGCGGAGGACCCCGUCCUGCUCUGGCUCACCGGCGGGCCAGGCUGCUCCGCCCUCUCCGGCCUCGUCUACGAGGUCGGCCCUUUCUACUUCGACUUCCAUGGCUACAAGGGAGGCCUGCCCACUCUGCUCUACAAGCCGGCGUCUUGGACCAAGGUUAGCAAUGUCAUCUUCGUGGACGCUCCGGCAGGGACGGGCUUCUCAUAUGCGACCGGGGACAAGAGAACCAUACCCAGCGACACGAUUGCUGUUCAACAGCUGCACAUUUUCCUCGAAACGUGGUUUGAUGAACAUCCGCAGUUCCUGCCGAAUCCGCUCUACAUUUCGGGCGAUUCGUAUAGCGGCUUAAUCAUACCUUCUCUUGCUAUGAAAAUAGCUGAAGGGAUAGAAUCCGGCGAUGAGCGGCUCGUUAAUCUCAAGGGUGUCAUUGCCGGCAAUCCAUUGACUGAUACAACGACGUACUUCAACGCUCGAAUUCCAUUUCUUCAUGGGAUGGGAAUUAUACCAGAUGAAAUCUACGAGGCUGCUCGUGAAGACUGUGGAGGAGAAUACCGCUUUCCAUCGAACUCCCAUUGUGCCAAUUCCCUUAAGGACAUCAAAGAGUGCAUGACGGGCUUAAACGAUGUACACGUCUUGGAGAUAAUGUGCCCAGAAUAUCCAAGCCUCACCAUUUCCAAGCAGCCCAAGUUGCAAGAUCAUGGAAGGAAAAGGCUGACAGAGUCGGCAGUUUCGUCUAUUUGCAGGAAUGCCACAUACUUCCUGUCCGAGUUAUGGACAAACGACGAAGUCGUAAGGGAGAGUUUGGGUAUUCAUAAGGGAACAGUUCCAUCAUGGCAACGAUGUGAUUUCAAUCUACCUUACACACAUGAAAUCAAUAGUACGGUGGAUGCUCAUUUAGCAUUGAUUGCUAAAGGAUACAGGGCUAUGAUAUACAGUGGAGACCAUGACAGUAAGAUAUCUUAUGUUGACACCCAAGCAUGGAUCAGACGCCUAAACCUGCCCAUCACAGAUCGUUGGCGCCCAUGGCAUCUGGACGACCAAAUUGUGGGAUACACAAGGACUUUCUCCAACAAUCUGACAUACGCGACUGUGAAGGGUGCCGGCCACACAGCCCCGGAGUACAUGCCCAGGGAGUGCCUUGCUAUGAUCGACAGAUGGCUUUCCGGCAAGCCGCUCUGAGCGAUCAACUGAUGUCGCGGAGGUUGUUAAUACAUGUUGUAAGUAAUAGAUAAGAGAAUAGAUAUAUAAGAUGAAAUAUAUUGUCGUGUAGUGUGUGUUUGUAUUGAGACUUUUGAGCGGCACUAGGGUGGUCACUUCCAUUGAGAUUAAUUUAUGAAUCCCAAUGGACAUAAAUAAAUAAAUAAAUAAGCUUCCGCCAGGAAAAGCUCUUGGUGUCUGUUUUUUUAUGUGUCAUAUUCUUUUCAGAUUGUGAAAUUUGUUUUCAUGUUGGGCUUAUGCAAAAGUCUGUAAUGGUGCCAAUGUGUAAUUUCUGUGUAGUACAAGUCAUAUAUACAAAGUAAAGGUUUCAG